AUCCGAAGCAAAAGUGUCGCAUAAAUUGUGAAAAAAGAGUACCAAAUUUUCUCUUCCACAACUAGGGUUCUUGUUUUCCCCCUCACAAAAUUCAUCAAUGCCUGAUUCUGAGUCUUUCUAUUUUCCUCGUGAACUCAUACUCGAAAUCCUCCUAAAACUCCCUCCCAAAUCAUUGCUCCGUUUCACACUUGUCUCCAAAUCAUGGCACUCCCUCAUCACAAGUCCCUCAUUCAUCUCCACUCACCUCACAAAAACCCCACAAACAAACACCCUUUUAGUAAGGCAUUACAACAGUACCCACAAUAACGAACACUAUUCACUAUUCCAUGAUGCUAAGAACACACCCUUUUGCUUGAACUUCACGUGUGAACUGUCUUUUGAAUUCAACUGUUGUCAACUUGGUUAUUACAGGAUUGUUGGUAGUUGUAAUGGGGUUUUGUGUCUCUGCGAUGAUUUGUUUGGUGAUUUAAGGAAUCUUGUUUUGUGGAACCCGUGUAUUAAUAAGUUUGUUAUGUUGCCUUUGCCUGGAAUUAAGGUUCAGGAGCCUCACAUGUUUGUUAUUGGAUUCGGCAUCAACAAUAAGGAUGACUAUAAGUUGGUGAGAGUUGUAUAUGUCAAGAAUGAGGAUGGUAUGUGUAAUUUGCCUCCUGAGGUUGAGGUUUAUUCGAUUAGUACGGGGGUUUGGAGGAGAGUGAUGAGGGGAGUUGCGGUUAAGCAUUGUAUGGUUGAGUUUAUGUGGAGUCAGGUUUUUUUUGAGGGAGUUGUGCAUUGGAUUGCAUAUGAUGUGAUUGCGAUUGGUGGUGGGGUUCGGUGUUUAGUUAUGACGUUUAGUGUGGAUGAUGAGGUUUUCGGGGAGAUUGAACUGCCGGAUGAGUUAGUUGGUGUGAUUCCGAUGUAUUUAGGGGUUAUGGUGCUUGAGGGAUCACUUGCGGUUGUUAAGUAUGAGAGGGGGCUAAAUGGUAGUGGUUCGUGUGAAGUAUGGGUGAUGAAGAGCUAUGGGGUUGUGGAAUCUUGGAGUAGAUUGUAUCGUAUUAAUUUGGUCGCGGGUAUGGAGAAAGUAGUUGGGUUUAGGAACAAUGGCGAGGUUUUGUUUUCGACUAAGAGGAAUCGGCUGGUUUCUUUUGAUCCAAAUAGUGGAGGCACGAAGGAUCUUGGUAUUCGUGGGAGCUCUCGCUCGUUUUAUGUUCAGAAUUAUGUGGAAUCACUUGUUUUACUUAGAGGAAACAUUGCUGUUAUGGAUGAUGUCUCCGAUGGAAUGGAAAAUUUAUGGAUUUAAUGAGUAGCUGAACUACCGAAUUUAUCGAUUCAAUAAAGAAGAAUGUGAUCAGAAUGUAAAAAGAUAUUUUACGAAAGUUCAUGGCUGUUACAAGGUGUAGUGGAAGUGAAAGAUGUUUCAUCAAUUUUGAUAGGCCUAGUUUAGAGCUAUCUGCUAAUUAUGAUGUACUGAAUGUUGAACUUUUGUUUCCAUUUAUUGCCUUAUAUUUGUUGUUGCUUUU